AUGUCAACAUUACCGGAGAAGAUGCCGUAUUAGAGCCCCCUGCUGCAACGAGAUUUUCCACUGUCGCCAUUGUCAUAAUGAGGCAAAGGAUGAUAUCAAGAUUGAUCCGAGUCUUAGACAUGACAUUCCCCGUCAUCAAGUUAAACAGGUGAUAUGUUCCUGUGGGACUGAACAAGAGGUUCAGCAAAACUGCAUUAAUUGUGGAGUUUGUAUGGGCAAGUACUUUUGCGGGAUAUGCAAGCUUUUUGAUGACGAUGUAUCUAAGAAACAAUACCAUUGCGGCGGCUGUGGAAUUUGCAGAACCGGAGGAUCUGAAAAUUACUUCCACUGCGACAAGUGUGGUUGUUGCCACUCAACUCUGCUGAAAAAUAGUCACGCUUGUGUGGAGAAGGCAAUGCAUCAUGAUUGUCCUGUUUGUUUUGAGUAUUUGUUCGAAUCGAUGCAUGAAAUCGCUGUCUUGCCAUGUGGACAUACAAUCCAUAUCAACUGUCUGAAUGAAAUGAGACAGCAUUUACAGUAUGCAUGCCCUCUUUGCUCAAAGUCAGUUUUUGAUAUGUCAAAGGUUUGGGAGAAGUUUGACUUGGAGAUUGCUGCUACACCAAUGCCUGAACUAUAUCAAAAUAAAAUGGUUUGGAUCCUUUGCAAUGAUUGUGGCAGAACUAGUAACGUAAAGUACCAUCUUAUUGCUCAAAAGUGCUUGAAUUGCAAAUCCUACAACACACGACAAACUUGAGGCUGAAGAGAAAAGUGGGCAUUGUUACAUUUCAUUUCAUUCAUUGAGAAAAUGCAUUACUCUUGUGCUUUGUGAAGGAAGUAGUGGCGACCCAUCUUUAAUUGGAACAACUUGAACAUGGCGAUAAAGCCUGGUUGGGUCGGCACAUGUUCAACUUUGUCGUGUUGGGUUAACCAAUUGCAAUUACCCUUUUAACUGUGUUUUUAGGUGUCAUAUGUGAAAUAAUGUAAACUUUUAUAAUUAGCUUUAUGGUUGUGGAAUGUUACUAGGAACUAUCUUAUCUUAUAUACACGUUGUGUUUCACGAAUAUAUUGAGAGUUUCAUAUGAAAUUCUGCUGUGUUUUACCAA